ACUCGCUCUGAGAGAGAGAGAGCGCGCGCGGUGGGCGGGAUGGCGGGGGCGGUCUCCUCCCGCAAGCGCGCCUCCUCCGGCAGCAUCCUGUCUCGCGCACUUCCACUCAGCCACAGGUCGAACCAGCACCCGCAGUAGCAGCGCCACCAUGCCCAGCCAGCGCCAGCUCCUCCGGCCCCGACUCUGCUCGCUGGACAAGGGGGAGAACGGCUACGGGUUCCACCUCCACGGGGAGAAAGGCAAGAGCGGCCAGUUCAUCCGCCUGGUGGAGCCCGACAGCCCCGCCGAGAGCUCGGGGCUCCGCGCCGGGGACCGACUACUGUUCGUCAACGGGGACGACGUGGAGUCCGAGAGCCAUCAACAGGUCGUGUCCCGGAUCCGAGCCACCGCGGGAAGCCUGGAGCUCAUCGUGGUGGACCCGGACACGGAGCUGCUGCUCAGGAAACACAACCUGAAGUGUUCGAAGGAGUUUGUUUCCGAAGGUCUGCCGCUGCCUUUCGAGGACGAGGAAGAAGCGGAGGAGGAGGAGGUGAACGGGACAGAGGAGCCGGGGCCGGACCCACAGACGGACCCCCCGCAGGAGCCGGAAGCGGAGCCUGAAGUCCACCGCCGGGUGGAGAAGAAGCUGAGCGGCGACUCCAACCAGGAGGUGAGCGCCGCUCGGAGGCCGCGGCUCUGCGUGAUCCAGCGCGACACCAACGGAUACGGCUUCAACCUGCACAGCGAGCGGGCGCGGCCGGGUCAGUACAUCAGAGCCGUGGACCAGGACUCUCCUGCGGAGAGGGCGGGCCUGCAGCCCAAGGACAGGAUCAUCCAGGUGAACGGCGUCCCUGUAGAAGGGAAGACACAUUCGGAGGUGGUGGCGGCUAUCAAGGCUGGCGGGCACGAGGCUCGGCUGCUGGUGGUGGACCCUGAGGUGGAUGCUUUCUUCAAGAGGUGUGGCGUGAGCCCGACCUCGGACCACAUGACUGGUCCACUGCCUGAGCCUGGGGUCAAUGGAGCGGUGGCGGCGGAGGAGGAGGAGAAGGUGAACGGCUCAGGAGCGCAGGAGGCGCAGCGGGACUCGAAGCUGUCUGUCAGUCCGUCCCCGUCCAACGCCUCGUCCAACGCCUCGCUCACCACGCCACCCGCCAGCACCCCUCCUGAGGUGGGUCUGUGCCUCGGCGGCCCCAGGUCCCAGCCUGACUUCUGCUGCUCUGCUCCCCAGGGCGUGGUGACGGAGGCGAUCCCCGCGCUGACCCUCAGCCUGCAGCAGGUCAAGGAGCUGGCCCACCAGAAGCGCUCCAACAAGAGAGCCCCGCCCAUGGACUGGAGCAAGAAGAACGAACUCUUCAGUAACUUAUAGACGGGUGCCGCUCACCGGCCUCUCACCGUUGGGAUUUUAGAGUCUUAAGAAGAAAGCUGUUGUUCUCCACCUGUGUGUCGGUCUGUCAGCCUCGUUCACGUCAGUCGCCUGCACAGCCUUGUAUAUUCCAUGAGACAGACCAGUGGGAUGCUACUAACCAGGAUGGCGAGGCCCGCGCGCGUGUGUGUCCUUGUACUUCUAUCCUCGUGAGGACCUGUAUGACUUUUUAACCAACAGGGUGAGGACAUUUUGGCCGGUCCUCACUUUGUCAAGCCUCAGUUUGAGGGUUAAAACUACAAAACAGCUGGGUCAUUAUCACUGGGUUUUACUUUGAGUCAAGGUGAAGUUCAAAUGGUUAGGUUCAGGGGGAGAGGCUGGGGGAAGGGUUACGUUCAUGAGGGUCCUCACUAAGAUAGGAAGACAAACGUGUGAGCAUCUCCACUCAGGAUCCCCAGCCACAGAUCAAUGAAGGACUGGCUUCAGCUUCCUCACCUCCUGCAGAUGCUUCCGCUGCUGGUCAUGUGACCACUGCCCUUCAUGUCUAAACUGGAACCUUCGAUACAAACAAAUGUAUCCUGUAUAUUUUUACAUUUUUGAUAUGAAGCAAAUCCGUGUUGCCCGCGACGCCAUGACGACUGUGAACUGCAUCAAACUACAAAGGUGUGUGGGCCACAUUUGGGACGAAGAGUCGCCGCUGGACUUGAUAAAGCUUGUGAAUGGUAAUAAAUCAUGAUCCUGCCA